CUCUGACUCUGCGGACUUUGUUGUUCGCUGCGCUUGCCUCCAUAGUCUAUAACUACUACCUUGUCCGACCCGCGGAUCACCAAAACGACCUAACUAUACAGUCGUACCUCAACAGAAUAAACAGCUUUCCCUCUUCCGAUUAUAGAUACUGAUAGCAGCUGCUGGACUACCUGCCCCAACCACCAUCUCCCAGAAGGAGCUCACCGCCAUGGCCGUCAGUAUCACGGACGACGAAUUAUUUACGAGGGCUAUCUCUGGCUACCGGGACGCCUUUUUGGUUCAGCACUCCCACCUUUCGGAAUCGGAACGAAAUCAUCUCUGGAGCCAACGUCUCAGUCAAUUCAUGACCGUCACAGCCCCUCAAGAUGUCUCUACGAACGCUUCCGACAUGCUCAACGCCGGCAACGCUUCGCCUCCAGACAGCAUCGGAAAGAGGACACGACAAGACGUACCCCGGACGAUCCCUUCUGGAAUUCCACCGGCAAAGCGGCGUGCCACCACUCCGGAACUCCCCGUUGCUAUUGACCUGACGCGUGACUUGUCACACGCUUCGUCGCCGGCAGCCCCUCAGAUGAACCAGAGACCGUCGACGACGAUAUCUCGGACUGGAACUUCUCCCAUCGCCAGCAAAGGCUCCGCGUCGCGAGCGGCCGGUAUGGUUCGCUCGCGGAGCCAGCAACUCCCGGUCCCUCACCGCCAACAGUCAAUAGCGGCAGCACGACAAUCUUCUGGACCGCAACGAUCGCAACUCCGUCUCGACAAUGUCGACGAGUACUCCCCGUUGGAGUACACUCAGCAGUGUCUGGAGGAUCUCCAGGCCCAGGGUAUGAGUGUCCCUGUCGACACCGGUUCUGCCGGUGUGCAACAGACUCAGCAAUUCCAGCAGCCCGUCUUUGGCGGCCUUUCUUGCUCACCUAUGUCAGAUCAACUGACGGUCGCGACGACCGCCGCAACUGAGAUGAGUCGCAGUGCGACUACAGAGUCAUUGUGCGGAGGAAUUGGCAUGGUUAGAUUCGACUCCACUGGAUCGAAUCUUGAAAGCAAUUUCGAUUUUCCUUUUUCUUCUUCUGAUUUCGCGAACAAAUCAUCCCCUCAAGAGGUCCAUUUUCCGACCUCUAUUUCUCAUUCUCAUCGAAACAUGAAUCAUGUUCAGUUUCCCUUAUCCGAUUCUACACCUCUUUUCUUUUCCAGUUCUGCCCCUACCCCUGGCACAUUUCAUAGCCCUCUCAGUUCUGCUCCUUUGUUGCCACCUUCAUCUGCCUCUGUGGAGAUGAAGCAUUCCCUGUCUGUCGAAAGCGACAGUUCGUCUACAUCACAGCAGUCAAGGGCUGCUCGGAGGACUCAAGAACAGAUUGUUCAGGGCGCACGACCAAUCGCCCCUAAGCUGCAGAGUAACAGCAAACCAUCGAAACCAACUGAGCAGCACAAGAUGAUCCGCAUUGCUUCUGAAGACGGCACCUCGAAAGAGGUUGCUGCCAUUCCCAAGGCGUCUUUCCAGCGCCCGCCUCGCCCCAAGACGUAUUGUACCCUUUGCACCGACCAGCCUGAUGGCUUUCACGGUGAGCACGAACUUCGACGACAUAUCGAACGUGUUCACUCGGUCGUGCGCAAGGUUUGGGUCUGCGUUGACAUCUCGCCCGACAAGACGUUCCUUGCCAACUGCAAGGCGUGCCGCAACGGGAAGCGUUACGGCGCCAACUACAAUGCGGCCGCACACUUGCGACGGACUCACUUCAACCCGUGCCAGCGGGGGCGGGGAGGACGUGGCAAGGACAGCGAGAAGCGCGGGGGCAAAGGUGGUGGAAAUCACCCGCCCAUGGAGGUCUUGAAGCACUGGAUGGAGCAAAAAGAAGAGAUUGUGCUGGAGAACGCGCAGAACUUUAUCGAUGAAGAUGCGCUGGGUGAAGAAAUCAAUGCAAUUCCUCAGCAGCCAUCCGCCAUCAUAGGUUCGGCUUACCCUCCAACGACGACAACAACAACGUCGGAUUUCACGCAGGACGCGACUUUCGAGUAUGAGCCGCCGUCGUUGGGCUGGGAUCCAGCCAUGGGUAACGGGUAUGACACGUUUAAUGCACUUCCCACGGUGAACAUUGGUUCAUCGUUUGACAACCCUUUCUAUGUCGAACCUCAGCAGAUGCCUGCUGAGAUCGAACAGUAUGUUGCAUGAUCUGCUGUAGAACAGCAUGCUUUAUUGACUUACGAAGUUUUCUUUUUUCUUUUUUCUUUUCAUCUUCUAAUUUUUCUUUUUUCUUCUCUUCUCUUCUCUUUUCUCUUCUCAUCUCCUUCUUAUUUCUAUUCGAUAUUGUGGUUCAUUUGGAACUCUUAUU